AUGAGUGCACAAGGACAACCACAAGUUCAGGCACAACAAGUUCAAGGGAUUGAUGAAGCGGUUCUGGACGACAUUAUCCGCCGACUCACUGAGGUCCGAUUGUCCCGACCCGGAAAGCAAGUUCAGCUCUCUGAGGCUGAGAUCAAGCAACUUUGUCUUGCUUCUAGAGAUAUCUUCCUUCAACAACCUAAUUUGCUUGAACUUGAAGCCCCUAUCAAGAUUUGUGGUGACAUUCAUGGGCAGUACAGUGAUCUGUUAAGGCUCUUUGAGUAUGGCGGUUUGCCUCCUAAAUCUAAUUAUCUCUUUUUAGGAGACUACGUGGAUCGUGGCAAGCAGAGCUUAGAAACCAUAUGUCUUUUGCUUGCUUAUAAAAUCAAAUAUCCCGAGAACUUUUUCCUUUUGAGGGGAAAUCACGAGUGUGCUUCCAUUAAUAGGAUAUAUGGAUUUUACGAUGAAUGCAAGCGAAGGUUUAACGUGAGGCUUUGGAAAGCUUUUACCGACUCUUUUAAUUGCCUUCCUGUCGCAGCUCUCAUAGAUGAUAAGAUAUUGUGCAUGCAUGGCGGUCUUUCCCCCGAUCUCACUAAUUUGGAUCAAAUCAGGAUUCUGCCUCGUCCCGUUGCUAUCCCUGACACUGGCUUGCUCUGUGAUUUGCUUUGGUCUGAUCCUGGUAGAGAUGUGAAGGGUUGGGGCAUGAACGAUAGAGGAGUGUCGUACACCUUUGGUCCUGAUAAGGUUGCUGAAUUUUUGUCAAUGCACGACUUGGACCUUAUUUGCCGUGCUCAUCAGGUUGUAGAGGAUGGAUAUGAAUUCUUUGCAGACAGGCAACUUGUUACGAUUUUUUCAGCUCCAAACUACUGUGGUGAAUUUGACAAUGCUGGUGCAAUGAUGAGUGUUGACGAAAACUUGAUGUGUUCCUUCCAGAUUCUUAAGCCUGCAGAGAAAAAAACAAAGUUUGUGAUGUCAAACAAGAUGUGA